AUGCACGCGCUGCGACACGCGGUGCACGGCGCGUACAAGACGACGAUGGAGGCGGUGACGCCGAUUCGGUCGUCGAGCGCGUUCGCGAGCGAGGGCGUGCUGACGCCCGAGGAGUUCGUCGCCGCGGGGGACGCGCUGACGCGCGCGUGCCCGACGUGGACGUGGACGACGGGACAGGGCGCGCGCGCGAGGACGUACCUGCCGCGGGAGAAGCAGUACCUGACGACGCGACGCGUGCCGUGCGCGCGAAGAGCGCGAGACGUCGAGGCGUACGCGGGCGCGGAGGAGGCGCUGACGGGCGAGGACGAGGGAUGGAUCGCGACGGGGGCGGGCGGGAGGAGCGAUGGCGCGACGAUGGAGGCGAUCCCGGAUUUGGGGGCGAUGACGCUCGAGGCGGACGCGGAGGACGACGCGGAGGACGAAUACGAAGACGAAGACGACGACGCGGUGGUCUUACCGACGGCGACGGCGAUCGCGAAAGAGGCGGCGGGGGCGAACGGGGAGAGGGACGAUGAAAAUAUCGUCAAGACGCGAACGUACGACGUGUCGAUCACGUACGAUAAAUACUAUCAAACGCCGCGCGUGUGGUUGAACGGAUACGACGAAAACAGACUGGUGUUGAAACCUUCGAAAACGUUGGAAGACAUCAGCGCCGAUCACGCGCAAAAGACGGUGACGAUCGAUCCGCAUCCGCACACCGGCGUGCCGUCGGCGUCGAUUCAUCCGUGCAAGCACGCGAGCGUGAUGAAAAAGCUCGUGAAUUCCGCGCGGGCGCAAAGCGGCGAAGCGCCGAGCGUCGAUUCCUACAUGUUCGUCUUUCUCAAAUUCAUCGCGUCCGUCGUUCCGACGAUCGAGUACGAUUACACUCUGUAA